AUCUCUUUCUAUUCUUCUUGUAUCAUUCUCUGAUCUCUUUCUCUGAUCUUUUUCUGUCUUCUCUUUCAAUGCUUCUGUUCAUGUUUUUCUCUAUAUCUUCUUGCCUUUUUGUUACUCGUUUUUUCUUUUUAUGGUUUAAUAACAAACAUAUUUCGCACAACUUCAAUGGAAUGUGUAUAUACUCACGGGUACAUACUUCAUACUUUGAUGAAUAUGAAUGCUAGUACACUCUCAAGAUGCAGAUGGCGAACCAUAAGUGUGAUGAGUCUAUGACGAAGAAAAACAUAGAUUUUGCGAAUAUGGAGGAACUACUACAAUCACAGAAACAACAAAUUACUGAUUUAGAAAAUACAAAUAUUCUGAAAGCUGAUCGAAAGAAACAUUUGCAGGAGAGUUUAAAAGUGGUUCUGAAUACGAUAAAGAGAGAAACUUUGAUGGAUAAGGAAUGUGUAAAAGAAUUAAAACAAUUGAAAGUGAUGAACUCUAACAUGAGUGAUGAGCUGGAACGUUUGAAGAAAGAGAAUGAAAUGAUGACAAAGGAAUUGGCAGAGAGUAAGGCAUUAACUGAUCAGCUGAAGGAGAAACUUUCUGAGGAGAAUAUGCGGAUGACGAUGAAACUUAUUGAAGAGAAUGGUCGGAUCAUAAGGAGAUUUACCGAGGAGAAUGGGCGGAUCAUGAGGGAACCGGAAAGAAGUGAAGUCCUAAAUGAUAUACAGCCGAAGAAUUUUACUGAAGAAAUUCGAAAGGAUGACUAUGAAAAACUCAAAGCAAAAGUGGUUGUGCUUGAAGAAGAACUAGAAAACUCAAAAGAUUUCAACCAAGCUCUAAUCACCAAAGAGCGUGAAAUUAAUGAUGAGCUUGGGAAGGCUCGGAAGAAAUUGAUGGAGGAAAUUACGGAGAUAUCGUGUCUUUAUGACAAUAUUUGUGUCAGAAGAGUGGGUGAGAUAGACACUGAGCCUUUCAUUAGAACUUUCAGAGCAAGGAAAAAAAUGAGCAAAGAAGAAGCAGAACAGACAGCUUUGAAAAUGUGUUCAUUAUGGCAGAAGAAUGUGGAGGACCCUCAUUGGUAUCCAUUCAAAAUAAUAACAAUUGAUAGUAAACCAACGCAAGUUUUAAACGAGGAAGAUGGAGAUCUCAUAAGAUUGAAAGAAGAACUGGGUUUUAGAGCAUAUAAAGCAGUGGUGGCAGCUCUGAAGGAAAUGAAUGAAUACAAUUCGAGUGGGAGGUUCAUUGUAAGAGAAAUGUGGAACAAAGAAAAAGCAAGGAGAGCUACAUUGAAAGAAGGAAUUGAAUUCAUGAUAAAUCAAACAAAAUCAAAAAGAAGGAAAACGGUGGAUGAUGAAGCUAGUGAGAAUCAUGAUGAUGGAACUCCAUCUAUAACAAAAGGCUCUGAAGUUUGAUAACCAUUUGUGUUUAUAUUCAUAUUUAAAUAGACAAAUAGGUUGGUUUAGCGAACUUAGUAACUUUUUGUUAGGUCAGAGCCUGGCUUAUUUAACUAUGUGAAUCUGGUCUAUUCUCCCAUCCCAGACACUCUUGUGUCUUUGGUUAUUAGUAACUUUUUGUUAGGUCAGAAUCUGGCCUAUUUAACUAUGUAAAUAUGGUCUAUUCUCGUCUCCAGACACUCCUGUGUAUUUGGCUAUUAGUAACUUUAUGUUAGGUCAGAAACUGUCCUGGCCUAUUUACCUAUGUAAAUCUGGUCUAUUUUCACUUCCAGACACUCCUGUGUAUUUGGCUAUAAUAAUUUUUAGAGUAUGUUUGGGAAGAUUUGCCU